AUGUCAAGGUCAACAAUAGAAGAAGGACAUUUACGUCAUUGUAUGCUAUUUUUGUUCGAUCAAGGAUUGAAAGCAAACGAAGCAGUGAAAAAAAUUAACGACACUUACGGCGAUGUUCUAAAACUAAACAAGUGUCAUAGAUGGUUUAAAAAGUUUAAAAAUGGAAAUAGGAAUCUCGAAGAUGUUGAACGAAAGGGACGACCUCAAAAAUUAGAUAAUGAUAUCCUGAGGGCGAUGGUGGAUUCAGAUCGUCGUCAAACUAUUAGGGAAUUAUCACUAAAGAUCGGCUGUCCAUGGUUUGCAGUUCAGGAUCAUCUUCAUCGCAUAGGAAAAGUGUAUAGGCAAGGAAUUUNGGAAAGAUGUCAAGGCCAACAAUAG